AGAGAUAUUCUAAGUGAUACAGUUAGAGGAAACACCCUGUAUAUUCAUAAAAUAAAGCAGCAAAUUAUAGAAGAACGUUUCUUAAUUAUUGAAAUUUAAAGAAUUUAAAUUGAAAUUUUAGUUCAAUAAAGGUAAAACUAAAGGCUCUGAAUUAAUUUAUAUAUCUAUUAAUAAUAAGUCGAAAAUUUGUACAUUCCUUUUUCCACAUUACUUUUCAUAAAAUUGAUUUCACUUAUUUUUCAUUAAAGAAAUUAUAUUUAUGUAUUACCUCAUUGAUAUUUUUAUAAAAAACAGCCGAUAAGAUUCAAGUACACACUAUGCACAAUAUCCUGGAAUAAAAUAAUAAUUGACGCGCGCGUUAUGCAAUUUAGUGAAAAGAAUUUUGAAAUAUUUUGAAGUGAGUGGAAUAUACGAUAGUAAUUUUAUAUGUGCUAUUUUAAUUUCUUGUCACAAUUAAUAUAUUUUCUUUUGCAGCUCUUCCAAUAAACUCACAAAACAAUACUUUCCGAAUAUAUUCAAAUUGCCGGACGCAAUUUGAUAACCCGUAAUUUUCUCACGGAAAAUCCGAAGGCUCUUGCAGGUUAUUCAGUACUGCAUAAAUAUACAUAUCCUUAUAUUUUAUCCAGCCGUGAGCAAAGGACGGUGCAAUCGAAGGUAAAAGUAUGAAGAAGCGACGGCCGUGUGCAAGAAACCAUUCUCCUUCGCAAAAACAUUACCAAAAACAUGCGCAAGAACGUUUCCUGAUUAAGGCGAGGAGCAUCCACGAUUCGAAGGGACGAAGUGCGAAACGUAUCCAUCCAAAGCUUCAGCAGGACGAUCGUGGCAAUACAUCACGCUUAAAGAAAGACGCGUUUGGUUCGCUAGAAUCUCUCUUCGACUUAAAGAAGCUCCUCGAUUUACGCGAUGCGUAUCCAUUAGCGUUUGAUUAUUAUAAGGAGAAAACCGUCAGAGGAUCCAACAUUACCACGAAAUCGGAACCACUUGUAGAGACACUAUUUCUACAAUCCUUCUGGCCAAAGACAAAUCUCGAGUCGCGUAUUCUUAAAAUCUAUGAAGGAUACAACGGAAUAGAAAUUGAAGAGGACGCAAAACCAAGCAAAACGUUUGAGACAAACGUAUCAAAUUCUACGUGGGGACUACAACGAAACGAAUCAAUUCAAAAUCAGGAAAAUCAUUUAAUAAUAAUAAACAUGGCCGAAAAUGAGGGCGAAGCGCCAACGGAAGAACAACAAGAGGAACCAGUAAAGGAGGAACCAGUAAAGGAGGAACCAGUAAAGGAGGAACCAGUAGACGAGACACCUGUUGCGAGGGAUCUUGCAGAAGACAAAAUCGAUUCCCUGAAUGCGGAUAAAGACGAAGGUGUUACCGUCAAAAAGGAUGCAUAUAAAAGAGACGAGUAUGAAGAAACUCCGUUUUAUGCUUAUCUAUCUGAUGUUGGCAAAGAUGAGCUAGACUCUAUAGACUACUCUGUAAGACACCCAGAUUCACUCAUCAGUGAGAUCAGUGUGCCCUCCUUACCUGCUGCAAUAAUCGAACAAUUGAGAAUAAUGAAUGAGACAUGCGUUGUAUUGGCGAACGAGAUCCAACAGCUGAAGCGUGAAGUCCAGGAAAUGUCAGAGAAGCCCGAAUUAACGGAAGAGGACACACUGAUCAUUCGAGAGAAGCAGGAUGCUCUCAUGUCGAAAGUGGCCCAACUCGAGCAGCUGACGCAGAAAGUUCAAAAAACGCGGAAAGAAAUAGGACAGAUCGAAGAUUUAACCGGCGAGAUAGAAAUUAAGAAAGAAAAAGAAUUUGAGGAGGAACCGCCUAUAGCAAUCUCAGAGAAAGAUCGUUUCGAGUUGCCGCGAAUAGAGUAUCCCGAAGAUAAGCUGCCAAGAAUAAUUGUUUGCGGCUCUGCGGAAAGUAGGGAAAGCCUACUUCCACAGAUCGUGGUAGCGGAUAGCGAGCGGAAAGGGAGAGACAGGUGCUUUGAAAGUUUAACUGGCAAGCUAACAGAGUCCCUAACGAUGCAGGAAAAGUUGAUCGAAGAAAACGCACAACUGGAAGGUGGAAAGUACAAAUUAGAGGAGGCCCUGCUAGAAAAGGACACCGCCCUCGAGAGCUUGCAAAGGAAGGUAUGCGGUCUCCAAGCCGAGAUGCGUAUAAUUGUCAAAGAGAACACGGAGUUGAGUCGUCAGUUGGCCACUUUGAAUCAGCUGGUGACUAGACGCACUACUUGCUGUUACGCUUGUCCAGGUGCUACUCUGUCUUCGCCGCCGACGUCGCCAUCGUUGCCCCCUUGCUCGUAUGUCAGUACACAGCUUCAGGGCGACGCUUAUUGUCAAUGCCGACAUUGCCUUCAAUCGCAGUUCACUGAUAGUCUGUCGCCAACUACAGGAACCGCAUGCGAUUCACCGAGGCUCACGGGAGGUGGAUCGCAGACCGACGAUCUUCGUUUCUUCGUAGAGAAGAGCAGUUUGCAGAACACGGAGAUGUGCUGUCGCGGCCCAGCCGUUGUUAAGGCGCUUCCUCGGGUCGUCUGUCCAGCAGAGUUGGAUGAUAAACUCGCGACUUAUGGCACUAGCACUAAGCAGUUGGUGGGUUUUAACAACAGUACAAAUUUCUUUGAAGCUGUAAAAAAAUUGAAAAAGUUGUGUAUGUGCGAUAGAAUGUCCGCUGAAUUGUGGAGAAUUAUUAGGAGUGUGAUUUAG